UCCUUAACCACCCCCUCCUCCUCCUCCUCCAUCACCACCACCAUUCCCAUCAUCCCCUUCUCCUUCUCCUCCUUCUCCUUCUUCUUCUUGACCUCUGCGAUAUCGAGUUUAGCCGGUUAGCUGAAUCAUAAAAGCUUUCUGGGUCUUCGAUUUCAGAGGCGGGGAGUGAGGCCAAGAUGAAGCGCCCUCUUGCCGGCGAAGACGCCAAGAUGAAGAAGAAGGUCAGGCCCGACCAAGAGCCCGGGGAAGACGGCGCGAUCCCUCCGACCGGGUUCGCUCACCUCGACGAGAAUUUGCUCUUCGAGGUGCUCAAGCACGUGGACGCGCGCACGCUCGCGAUGUCGGCUUGCGUGAGCAAGCUCUGGCACAGGACCGCACAGGACGAGCGGCUCUGGGAGCUGAUCUGCACCCGCCACUGGCCCAACAUCGGCUGCGGCAACCAGCAGCUCAGAUCCGUCGUCCUCGCGCUCGGCGGCUUCAAGCGGCUCCACUCGCUCUACCUGCCCCUCUCCAAGCAGCAACAGCCCGGCUCGGCCUCCAACUCCGCCUCGGCCUCGGCCUCGGCUCCGGCUUCGGCUUGGGCGCCGCCGUUGCCGCCGAUGAUGGGGGUGAAGCAGCCGAUCAGGUGGGGUAAGGACGAGGUGCAUCUGUUCCUCUCCCUGCUCUCGAUUCGCUGCUAUGAGAAGAUGAAUUUCACCAACAGGGGAAGAUGAUGAAACAUUUCGGCAAUCAUAUUAUUGUUCUAAUGACAAUUAUAACUCUGUAUUUUUCCUAUUCUAACUUGGGUUAUUGAUUUUUCCUCUCUUAUGGGGGGCUCUUGGGUUUGUUCUCGUCCCCCCCCUUUUUUUUUUCCGUUUCGUCACUUGGUUACAUUAGCCUAGGACCUGGGGAUUCUCUUCUGAUUUGAUGUGAAAUAGUAUGGGUUGUGAUGAUUUUUUGUUUUCCCUUUUCCUCUGUAAACCUAACUAUGAAUGAAUUAAAAAGCCCUUCCUGUAAAUUGAGGCGAAUUUGCU